AUGCCGAGCGCGCACGGCGGCGGCGACGCGGCGCUCGCGCUCGUCGUCGCUCGAACGCAAUCGUUUCCAAAUGAGAUCGAUGGCGGGAAAAAACGCGGACGACCGAAGGGCUCGAAGAGUAGGGCGGGCUCGGGGACGCUCAACACGGGGCGCAAGGGCCACCGACGCAAGAAACGCGCGGUCGCCUCUGGCGGCGGCGACAUGUACUUAUCUCCGGCGUGGAGCACGCCGGGGAUGUCGCACGAGUCCCUCAAGUUGUUACGCGCGUCGGGCUUGUUCGCGAACGAUUGCGUCGAGCGCGCGUUCGCGCUCGGGGACGCGGAGGUGAGGCUCGAGUUCGAACGCCGAAUACGCGCGCGCGAGGAAUACGCGAGCGCGAUAAGUAGUAAUAAUCGCAAUAAGUAA